CGGCGGCGGCGGUGGCGGCAGCAGCAGCGGGAGAAGAUGGUGGCGCUGGAGGUAGGAGCGGCUGGAGCGGAGCUUUAUUCCCAGGCUUGGCACCAACGCUGUCAUUAGCGCCGCCUGCUCCCGCGGGCCCGCGGACCCAGCUGUCAGGCAAGCCCAGUGGAGCAAAAUGAGAGCGCAGUGAGCCGGGCCCAGCCUCUCUCCCAGCCGUCCCCGACGCCCACCAUGAACCACUUGGAGGGGUCCGCGGAGGUGGAGGUGACCGACGAGGCGGCAGGUGGGGAGGUGAACGAGUCGGUGGAGGCCGACCUGGAGCACCCAGAGGUGGAGGAGGAGCAGCAGCAGCAGCCACAGCAGCAGCACAGUGUGGGCCGCCACCAGCGCGGGCGCGCCAUCGAGGAUCUCCGCGCCCAGCUCGGGCAGGAGGAGGAGGAGCGCGGGGAGUGCCUGGCGCGCUCGGCCAGCACGGAGAGCGGCUUCCACAACCACACGGACACCGCCGAGGGCGACGUGAUCGCCGCGGCCCGCGACGGCUACGAUGCGGAGCGCGCACAGGACCCCGAGGACGAGAGCGCAUACGCCGUGCAGUACCGGCCUGAGGCCGAGGAGUACACGGAGCAGGCGGAGGCCGAGCACGCCGAGGCCACGCACCGCCGCGCGCUGCCCAACCACCUGCACUUCCACUCGCUGGAGCACGAGGAGGCCAUGAAUGCGGCCUACUCGGGCUACGUCUACACGCACCGCCUCUUCCACCGCGGCGAGGACGAGCCCUACGCCGAGCCCUAUGCCGACUACGGCGGCCUCCAGGAGCACGUGUAUGAGGAGAUCGGGGACGCGCCAGAGCUGGACGCGCGCGACGGCCUGCGGCUCUACGAGCAGGAGCGGGACGAGGCGGCCGCGUACCGCCAGGAGGCCCUCGGCGCGCGGCUGCACCACUACGACGAGCGCUCGGAUGGCGAGUCCGACAGCCCCGAGAAGGAGGCGGAGUUCGCGCCCUACCCGCGCAUGGACAGCUAUGAGCAGGAGGAGGACAUCGACCAGAUCGUGGCCGAGGUCAAGCAGAGCAUGAGCUCGCAGAGCCUGGACAAGGCGGCCGAGGACAUGCCCGAGGCCGAGCAGGACCUGGAGCGCGCCCCCACCCCAGGUGGGGAUCGCCCCGACAGCCCCGGGCUGCAGGGCCCCGCGCAGCGGGCGCUGGGCCCCGUGGGCGGCGGCGAGGCGGGGCAGCGGUACAGCAAGGAGAAGAGGGAUGCCAUCUCGCUGGCCAUCAAGGACAUCAAGGAGGCCAUCGAGGAGGUGAAAACCAGGACCAUCCGUUCGCCUUACACCCCCGACGAGCCCAAAGAGCCCAUCUGGGUCAUGCGCCAGGACAUUAGUCCCACCAGGGACUGUGACGACCAGAGGCCGAUGGACGGAGAUUCUCCAUCUCCUGGCAGUUCCUCACCCCUGGGUGCCGAGUCAUCGAGUACACCUCUUCACCCCAGUGACCCCACGGAAGCCUCCACAAACAAAGAGUCAAGAAAAAGCUUGGCUUCAUUCCCAACCUACGUGGAAGUUCCUGGACCUUGCGACCCUGAAGACUUGAUCGAUGGAAUCAUUUUUGCUGCCAACUACCUUGGCUCCACCCAGCUGCUCUCAGACAAAACUCCCUCCAAAAAUGUGCGCAUGAUGCAGGCCCAGGAAGCAGUAAGCAGGAUCAAGAUGGCCCAGAAAUUAGCCAAAAGCAGGAAGAAGGCUCCUGAAGGUGAAUCUCAGCCAAUGACCGAGGUGGAUCUCUUCAUUUCUACCCAGAGGAUCAAAGUAUUGAAUGCCGACACACAGGAGACGAUGAUGGACCACCCUCUGAGGACCAUUUCCUACAUCGCAGACAUCGGGAACAUCGUGGUGUUGAUGGCCCGCCGGCGGAUGCCCCGCUCCAACUCCCAGGAGAACGUGGAAGCCUCACACCCAUCCCAGGAUGGAAAACGACAGUACAAGAUGAUCUGCCAUGUCUUUGAGUCGGAGGAUGCCCAGCUGAUUGCACAGUCCAUCGGGCAGGCCUUCAGCGUGGCCUACCAGGAGUUCCUCAGGGCCAACGGGAUUAACCCUGAAGAUCUCAGCCAGAAGGAGUACAGCGACCUGCUCAGCACCCAGGACAUGUACAACGACGACCUGAUCCACUUCUCCAAGUCGGAGAACUGCAAAGACGUUUUCAUCGAGAAGCAGAAAGGAGAGAUCCUCGGGGUGGUGAUCGUGGAGUCUGGCUGGGGGUCCAUCCUGCCCACCGUGAUCAUCGCCAGCAUGAUGCACGGAGGCCCUGCGGAGAAGUCGGGGAAACUGAACAUUGGGGACCAGAUUAUGUCCAUUAAUGGCACCAGCCUGGUGGGCCUGCCUCUGUCCACCUGCCAGAGCAUUAUUAAGGGCUUAAAGAAUCAGUCCCGGGUGAAGCUGAAUAUCGUGAGAUGUCCUCCGGUGACCACCGUGUUGAUCAGGAGACCAGACCUUCGCUACCAGCUGGGCUUCAGUGUCCAGAAUGGAAUUAUCUGCAGCCUCAUGCGAGGGGGCAUAGCGGAGAGAGGAGGCGUCCGCGUGGGGCAUCGGAUCAUUGAGAUCAACGGGCAGAGCGUCGUGGCCACCCCCCAUGAGAAGAUCGUCCACAUUCUCUCCAACGCUGUGGGGGAGAUUCACAUGAAGACGAUGCCCGCUGCCAUGUACAGACUGCUGACGGCCCAGGAGCAGCCCGUUUACAUCUGAGCCGCGCUCACCGUGGCGGCGGCGUGCAUGGAGGACUCUCCUCAUCGUGGUUGUGUUUCUCGUGCUGCAUCCCCGUGUCCACUGAGACGUUUCCCUCUCGCGCCCAGCAUUCGGUUUUACGUGGGAAGAGAAGAAUCCACAAGGACCUCUUUGCUCUCUCUCUCCAGUUCGCUUUUUUUUUUUUUUUUUGAAUACCAGGGAAGUUUCGUAUGUGCUCCUUUGAGGAUAGAGAGCAGCCAGUGUCCACCUGGUAUCCACCCAGGACCAUCCUGGGGGGCCUUCUAGGGUGGGGGAGGGGGUCCCGAGCUGGGCCGUCACUGCCCAAGGGGGAGCAGCGCCCUCCUUAGAAGGAGCUCCGGGGGCAGCAGAGAAGCCGACCCAGCAGUGCCUAAACCCCGAUCGCCGACCUCUGCUCUCCUCCAGUGGGCUUACGGGAGUAUGGUAGUAGCGGGGACCAGCCCAGGUCGUUAAGGUUCUGCACUGCCCACCGUGUAGUUGGGGCACCGUACAUUAUUUCCGCCCAGAAUUUCUGAGCCAACCUUAAACCUCUUCUAUAGCUAGCUUCAGUUCAACGUGUAUGUGUUUUCUAAUAGGAGCCUUGUCACCCCAGGAUCAAAGGGGAAAUAACUGCCUUGGACGAGGAUACCAUAGGGUUGCAGAAAGCUCCGCCAUUCCUGAGGCAUCCACGGCGUUGCCAGGUUGUCCAUUAGAUGAACACAGGCAGGUACUUUCUGCCUCUCUCCCUGUCACAUACACACGGUCUCACUCGCACAUCACCCUGGCCUCCCUCCACCCUCAAGGAGGCAAGUGAAAACCAGGCACACAGAGCCCCUGGGAGACCCAACUCUUGGGAGGCCCCUUCUUCUGGCAGGGAGUC